ACGUCAUCACGCACCUAGGCCCUUUUAGUGUAUUUAAGCCGGUGAGACGGAAGGACAUUAUUGUUGUGGAAGGAUCAAUGAAAAGCGGGCUCGUUGAUAAACAGAGGUGAAUUGCACAUUUUAGAAAAAGAGACAGAAAUGAAAGACGAGAUCGCGGCCACCGUGUUCUUCAUCACAAGACUCGCUAAGAAGCACGGCAGUGCGCGCAGGAAGCACCUCGAGGAGUUUGCGGUUCAGCUGACGUCGAUACUGUUCGAGAGAUACAAGAACCACUGGUACCGGUCCGACCCGGCCAAGGGGCAGGCGUUCAGGUGCAUCAGAAUGAACAGGUACCAGCUGAAGGAUCCUCUGCUGGAGAGAGCCUGUCUGGAGAGCAACAUGGACUAUGAGGACCUGGGCCUGCCCAAGGAGCUCACUGUCUGGGUGGACCCAUAUGAAGUGUGCUGUCGGUAUGGCGAGAGGAACCCUGCGUUCAGUGUGGCUCAGUUUGAAGGUCGGGGGGAGAAGCAGGAGCUGUCUCUGUGCAUCAGCAGUGCUGUAGAGAAGGCCACAUCUGACUACCAGUCCGGGGCCUCUUCUGAUGAGGAGAGCGUCUGCAGCAGCAGCAGCCAGGAGCCCAAGAGCAUCCCCACAGUCAGGAACCCCAACAGUGUCUACCAGUUCAGUGACUUCUCUGCCCAGCCUGUGCAGUCCUGGGCUCCGUACACCAACAGGAAACAGCACCUGGCGGAGAGCUACCGCCAGCCAGCAGGGGGCGCCAGUGCCAGCAGCGGGAACAAGAGCUACAGGCCCUCUGCAGCGUUCUCCGGGCCGCGCGUCGACCGGUUCCACUGGGUCAGCAAGAAACGCUCCUAGUGGCUUCCAUGUGACUGUCCAGCUCUGACAUGCGAGUGAUGUCACUGAAGCCGUCUCGCUGGAGAGAGAGGGAGAGCUCUCUUUACUUUGCCACUGCUCUUCUCAAUGACACUUUUUAAUGAAUCCUUCCUCAUCUGUCUUUUUAAGCAACUCUUUUUGCAAGUUAUUUUAUUGAAGAGAUUAUAUUAAGUACUUUAAUAGGAAUGAUGUCUGCUUUUAUUUGUCUAUUUAUUUAACUUGUGUAUUUUGAAAAGGAGACUGAUCCAAAAAUAAACUAUUUUUAUGAAA